UUUGAUCACAUGCUGCGCACGCCCCAACGGUCGCACGGUAAAUCAUAUUAUAGAUGGACUCCUUAAAUAUAACUUUGCUUGCUAUUAGUACCUUAAGCUUAGUUUGAAACAUGUUGAGUGGUUAUGGUUGUAAAGGAAUAUAUUCAAGUAGAUCGCAACGCAAGGCAGAAAAAAGUGCUAUAAAUAGCAUAGUUUUACGAUCUCUUUCUGGAUCAUGUCAGCCAUGUUUGUUUAGGUAAAACAAAACAAAAAUACUGCACACAACCGAUCGCGAUAUACAAUAUAAUUGAAGAAAUCGAGAUUGAUCAAACAUCAAUGUACAAUCAUGGCUUCUACUCAAGGACAGGACGCCAUGUUCUGUCAGUUGUGUACCAAUCCUGUGGAAUACCAUUGUAACCUUUGUCGUGUUGACCUUUGCUCUCCCUGUACUCUUAACCACUUGGCGGACAAAACAAACAGACACGAAAUUGUCGAAUUUAUAAACAGAAAGAAAGGACAUGUUUUACCUGAAUGCAACUCUCACAAGAAACACCGUUGCGAGUUGUUCUGCAGAGAUUGUCAAGAACCAAUGUGCAUAUUAUGUGUAACAACUACACACAAAAAGCACGAAAUUACUGACAUUGAAGAAAUUAUCCAGAAUAGCAAAAAACGAAUAAUUGAUGAUCUUACAGAGCUGGAAAAUGACAUUGUUCCAGCAUACAGAAAUGUUAAGGCAGGUGUACCUUCCGCUGAAUAUGAUAAAGUUCUUUCUGCCAUACAAAAUCAAGAAGAUGCAAUCUGCAAGAUUGUGCGUGACAUUGGCAGUCAAAUGCGGGAUGAAGUUACCAAACAAAAAGACCAAACCAAGGAGAAUAGAGAAACAGAGUCGUUGGCAGCAAGAACUGAAAAGGAACUGAAUGGAAUUAUCUUAAAUAACAGAAGCAUUCUUAACACAUCCAAUGUCACAGCCAUAAUGAGUUAUGAAUCAAAAAAUCAAAUAUUUAGGGAAUGUUAUAAUAAAUUGGGACUAUUUUAUCCGAAUUAUUUACCUGGAAGAAUCAGAAAUGAACAAAUCUACGAAAUGUUUGGAGGAUUUCAAAUGAAUAAAGCCUCUAAACCACUCAGUCUUUUAAAAGCUAGCGGUUGUCCUGCUUUUGGCUCUCAGUCAACAGGUGGGUUCGGAACCCCAAGUAGUUCUCAAUGCUUUAAUUUUGGGACGUCUCGUAAUGGGGGUUUUAACUUAGGAAGUACUCCUCAAAAUGCGGGCUCUGCGUUUGGUGGAGGCUUUAUGGAUUUCGGAAGUAAGCCUCCUAGUGUAGGCCUUUUCGGAAGCAGCAGUACCUCAGGUACUGGUUUUUCGUUUGGGAGUAGUAUGCCCUCUCAUCAAUCACCAAAUUUGUUUGGAAGUUCAAACAACCUUUCAGGUUUUACGUUCGGGAAUGCAAAUCAUAAAUAACAAUAAAAAAUCUUGAAAAAUUAAGAUAACUAGUAUGAAGAUUAUAAAAACGCGAUUGUAUCUGUGGAGAAACUUUCACAGCAUUACAGCAUUACUUAAUUGAAAAGAUAAAAACUUGAUGUCAUCACGUUUGUAUAAAACCUCAUUUUGAUUUUAUUAGGCGAAACAGCUCUCCAUUACAAAUUUAAUUUAGAAACAUUUCGUAAGGAGGAUCUUACAUUAUCAUGUUGGUUAUACUGACAUUCACGACAGUGAUAACAUUUACCUUUGCAUGUUCUUCCCUAAUAGAUUUGCGUUCAAAUAAAGGACCAACAAAAGGCUUUAAAAUAAAUUCAUGCAGCUAAAUUCUUGGUGUGGAAUGUCAACUGCUAACAAUAAUUCACAAUGAGAUCUUUUGUUAUAAUGAUUUACUAUAGACUGACAUGUUUCCAAAUGUCUUAGUUACUUUCAAUACAUAAUUUGCAAACAUGUUGCUAGGUUUUGAAAUAUCUUAUCCCAUAUAAAUUUGUCCAAUAAAAAUACUUUAUUUGGCUAUGGCUGGUACAGGGAGUUUCAAGAUUUUAAAAAGAUUCUUUUGAAAUAGAUAUCGAUUCCAGUUUAUCCACUCUCAAAGAUUUUUU